AUGUCGAACACGUACAAUGUGAAUCCGGGCUUGAAGAGGCGCGAUGCUCCGACUCUGCUGCAGAGAAACUUCGCGGAGCGGGUUUCGGUGGACACGCUGAUAUCCGGAGAAGCAGGGCCGCCGGACGAAGGAGGGUCGGACGGAGGAGAGCACAACGACGAGGACGAGGAUACCAUAUACUUCAAGCCAAAGAAGAUAUAUCGCAUGGAGCAGGAGUCUGGGUCGCGGCAGACGUUGGUGCGGGUGUACUCCGAGACUGAGCGGUCGAACUUCAACGAGGUGACGGGCAAGCGGAUGUUUGACGACUGGAAGUACCGGCCACUAUAUUACCACGAAGAGGAGACGCGGCCUCGGUGCGAGGGGGUGGGGUCUGUGUCUGCGGGGUCUGUGCGGUGGGGCGACAUGCAGGACGAGUACGUGCCAGACUUGGACUUUGCGGCGGCAGUGAAGGCUUGGCAGGCGGAGGAACUCAAGGAGGAGAUGCCCAUGACGCGCUACCAGCUGUGGUCCGAAGACGAGUCCGACUUCAAUCUGGACAGUGCGUCUUCGUCGAUGAUCAUUGAGUCGAGUCACGCACAGGUUUCGCCAAUUCCGUUCCCGAGCUCGACCGGCAAAUCUCCGGUGAGCGCGGCGCACUCGCUGCUGACUCUGAACAAGGCGCUAGGCAACCGUGUAGGGUCACGCGUGUUCUCACCGAGCAACCUAGAGUCCAAAGCCAAACACCGUUCCAUGUAUGAAUGGGGCUCUCUUCUGUCGAUAAGCUCAGCGACCUCCAUAGGGGACAAGUUUACACAGGAUGACAUCAGGGCAAUCACUAGGAAGAUACCGGACGACUUCCUCUCUCUCCCGUAUACGCAAAGGAAAAAGAUAUUGAUGGAUAUAGCGCCGGACAAGGACUACAAAGCCAUCAUGUCUGUCUUCAAGAAAUAUAGUCUGGUAAGCAGCAGCAGCUUCACCCACCUGAGCAACCAUGGUUCGCGCCGUUCUCGACACGGCUCCAUGGCGUCGCAAUAUCUCAGCUCAUUCACCCCCUCUUCUGCGUCUUUCAAGCCCGAUGAGCGUGGUUCUAUCGUACUUGGUCACCGCCUAGGGAAAAUCAUUGGAUUUGGCGCAUGGGGCAUGAUACGCGACUGCUAUGACGUAAAGCAGAGUUUUGUGAUUUCCCCGAGUGAGUCACAGCCUCCGGCUUCCCACGCCAUGAAAAUAGUUCGUUUUAAAAAUAAUCAGAAAGUAAAAGAGCAUGCCCUGAGGGAGAUAGCCAUUUGGAAGAAGCUCCACCACCCUAAUAUAUUAGAAUUGAUCAAUUGGAAACAAGAGGAAGACUAUGCGGCGUAUUAUUUGACUGAAAAAAUCCAGGAUGGAACCUUGUAUGACCUAGUGAGCACCUGGGGUGAAAGUGACGGUAGCACCAUCCCUUUGGACCAGAGGUGCAAGCUCACAAUCGCACUAGCACUCCAGCUCAUAUCGGCAUUAAAAUACAUGCACUCUAAGUACAUAGUACAUGCCGACGUAAAACUUGAAAACUGCCUCCUAGAGAAGACAGGAUCACAAUCUUGGAAACUAUACUUAUGCGACUUUGGCAUGAGUUGCCAGUACGGCAAGCCGCGCAACGAUAAUGAGGAGCUCUACAGCCCUGACGAAGGCAUGGAUUUUUCUCCCGCUGAGAGAAAGGGUUUGAAGAACAAACGGCGGCCUUCGCUGUCCAAAUCCUCUUCACAAGGGGUAUUAAAGCCAUUGACGAAGUUACAAAAGAUAAUCAGGAGCAAGCAACAAACCCACGAUGACACGCCAUUGGGUAUUACUUCCUUUCCCAAGCAGUAUGGGCCAUCCCUAACCAGCACCACAAUGUCCUCGUCGAGUGUAUGGAAGCAAGCUUCCCCUGCUGGCAGCAGUAGCAAGCUCGACAAAACUGGCCGGUCCGGGACUUCCGAAGAGCAUGACGCCGCAACAAAAGCUGUGGAACCGCACUCGCACAUUGGCUCUUUGCCCUACGCUGCGCCAGAGCUCAUUGACCCAUGCCCUCCUCCAUUGGGCCCGAGUGCCGACAUUUGGGCAUCCGGCGUCACCAUGUAUACAAUGCUAACGGGCAAGUUGCCCUUCAAGCAUGACUAUGAGCCGAGGCUCAGGGCAAUGAUCUCCUCCGGCAAAUACGAUACUGAGCUGCUUCGGUCCGUUUGCAAUAUCAGUGAGAACGGUUUGGCACCCCAGGGUCCGGGUCCAGCGUUUGGCGGUUUGUACGCGGCUGUCUGCGGUUGUUUGACAAAGAGCAUGGUGCAUCGCUGGGAAUUAUCCGAAGUGGACAAUACUUUACGAAACGAGUAA